AUGUCAGAUUUGCAUGAAAGCAAGUAUCAGUUUGCUGAGUAUCGGCUGUCGAUUUACGGACGUGCACGGGAUGAGUGGGAUAAACUGGCUGAAUGGGCGGUGAAAAACAAUGUACAUUCAAACAGUGUGCGUUGGAUCAUUCAAGUGCCCAGACUUUAUGACAUCUACAAGUACAAGAAUUUGGUCAGCAGUUUUCAACAGCUGAUCGAUAACAUCUUCCUGCCACUGUUUGAAGUGACCAACGAUCCGGCAUCACAUCCUUACCUCCACCAGUUCCUCCACUAUGUGGUUGGAAUGGACAGCGUCGACGAUGAGUCAAAAGUCGAGGACGUUUCAUUCGAUCGCAAGUCCGUCACGGCCGAUCAGUGGACAGAAGCGGCCAACCCACAUUAUGCCUACUAUCUGUUUUACAUGUACACCAAUCUAGCCGUGCUAAAUUGUUUUCGCAGACUUCGGGGCUUGAACGUGUUGUCUCUGCGCCCGCAUUGUGGUGAAGCCGGCUCGACGAAUCAUUUGAUAACCGGAUUUAUGGUGGCUGAAAGCAUCAACCAUGGUCUGCUUUUGCGAAAGGUUCCCUUCUUGCAGUACUUGUAUUAUUUGACGCAGAUUGGUAUCGCAAUGUCGCCGCUGAGCAACAACGGCCUUUUCCUGAACUAUCACCGAAAUCCAUUACCAGAUUUCCUGAUCAAGGGUUUGAACGUCAGCUUAUCCACCGAUGACCCGCUGCAGUUUCAUUUUACAAAAGAACCACUGAUGGAAGAAUACAGCAUCGCAGCACAGGUGUGGAGGCUACGCUCCAGCGACAUGUGUGAACUUGCUCGCAACAGCGUGCUUCAAAGUGGAUUCCCCUUCGUGAUGAAGGUUCAUUGGCUGGGGCCAAAUUAUUUGACUGAAGGAGUGUCCAGUAAUGAUAUAGCUCGUACGAACGUUCCCAGCAUACGCGUUUUGUAUCGGUACGAAACGCUUGUCGACGAAUAUUGCACUAUUUUUCGUGCCUGCAAGAAAUGA